GACCUCCACCAUCCGCCAUCCACCAUCCACCAUCCACCCACCCACGUCCCCUGCUCUUUCUCCUUACUGCGUGUUCGAUCCUCAAUCCUCAACCCCCCCAGUCUUUCCUUACAAGGUUGAUUCCCCAAUAAAUAAUAAUAUGUAAUUGAAGCUUUCUCUCUCUCCCUUCUAUUCCAUUCCAGAUCUCUCUCUCCUCCUUCUUUAGAUCCUUCAACGCUCUUUAGACUCUAGAUCUUUCCUCAACUACUCCAAGUCUCUCGCUUUAAGGUUGAUCGUUGCUAGGCAUUCUUUCUUAAUUCAUCACCACCUGCAAACUCAAUCUCACACUACUCGUUAUCCUCCAUCGACGUUCACUUCUUCCAUCCACACUCACUCACUCAUCAUAAUCAAAUCACUUUUCCGCCUUAUUCUCUCUUAAUUGUGGAAUUCAUCAUUCGAUUUAUAACAACAUCAUACGCUUUGCUCGAUUAACAUCUCAAAAACAAACAAACAAUACUAAUUCAUCAUGCUCUCCAAGACUCUUCUCGCCGUUGCGGCUUCGCUCUCCACUGCAAGUGCUGUUAACCAAGGUUUCAACUAUGGUGCAACAAACGCAGAUGGUUCCUACAGAGUUCAAUCUGAUUUCCAAGAUGCUUUCGAGACUGCCAACUCUCUCGUUGGCACUUCAGGCUUCAACUCUGCUAGAUUAUAUACUAUGCUCCAAGGUGAUACUACCGAUCCAACUUCAGCUAUUCCAGCCGCCAUUGCCUCAGACACAACUCUUCUCCUUGGUUUAUGGGCUUCUGGUGGAGCUGCCGGAGUUACUGCUGAGGUCAACGCUCUCAAGGCAGCCAUCACAAAAUAUGGUACCGCUUUCACUAGCCGUGUCGUUGGUAUCUCUGUAGGAUCCGAAGAUUUAUACAGAAACUCCCCAACUGGUAUUGCUGCCAACGCUGGUUAUGGUGCCAACCCAGACGACCUUGUCAACUACAUCAAACAAGUUAGAGAGGCUAUUGCCGGUACUGCUUUGAGUGGAGCUUCCAUUGGACAUGUUGAUACCUGGACCGCUUGGGUCAACGGAUCCAACAGUGCUGUCGCAGAGGCCCUUGACUGGGUUGGAAUGGAUGCUUACCCAUACUUCCAAGACACUGAGGCAAAUGGAGUCAGUUUAGGAAAGUCUCUUUUCAACUCUGCAUUAGCCGCUACACAAUCUGCUACUGGAAAGACCGUCUGGGUCACUGAGACCGGAUGGCCUGUUACUGGUGCUACUGCUGGUGACGGAAUUCCAAGCGCUGAUAACGCCAAGAUAUACUGGGAUGAUGUCGGAUGCCCUAACUUUGGAAAGAUCAACAUGUACUGGUACACUCUCCAGGAUCAAAACGCUGCCUCAUCCGUUACUCCAUCUUUCGGUAUUGUUGGUAGCACUUUGAGCACCACCCCACUGUUCGAUCUCAGCUGUUCCAACACUACAUCAAGCUCCUCAUCAACUGCUUCUUCCAAGGCUACCAGUGGUGUUGCCGCUCUUGCCACUGGAGGAUCUGUUGCCUCUUCUGGUUCUGGUCUUUCUCCUACCGGUAUGGGUGCUGGUAUCUCUGCUGUUUCAGGUGCCGCUUCCCCAACUGGUACAGGUUCAGCCAAUGGCUCCCCAGCUGGUGGAUCAUCUAACGGUACCUACACUGCCUCUACUCUCAAGUCCGCAUCUGGAUCAAGUGCAACUGGUUCAUCCACCUCAGGCUCUGGAUCAUCUGGGUCAUCUGGAUCCUCUUCAGGAUCUGCCUCUGGAUCAUCAUCCUCUUCCCCAUCCGAAUCCACCGGUGGUGCAGCAUCCCUUACCGGAUCUGUUGCACUUGCCCUUGGAGCCGUCUUUGCCGUUGCAGCUGCUUUGUAAAUGAAAUGAGUUGUGAUUAUGGGAAGAAUGAGUGGUUUGCAUUACAUGGGUAGCAUUAAAAUGGGAGAAUUAUGGUAUUUGGCUUUUGCUUUUUCUUUUGCGGCAUUUUUUGGUGGUGAAUUAAUACCACGAUGACCGGUCUUCAUAGAUGGAGUUUUUAAAUUAAACAAGCAUGGAUUUCAGUGGAUGGAUUCAUUGUCACAUUAGACAGCUGGACAUUCCUUUUAUAAACAAUUAAAAAGUAUUGAACUUAUAUUGUCUCGGCAUUUGAAGCGACUUGAGGAGUGAUUCGCUGUGUUUUGAUAGCAACCCUAUCCAUGUAAACGAUUUUGAGAAGUAUUCUUGACUCUUAACGGAUUAAACGAUAUAUUCUACAUUCUGCAUCACCUUUUACCCCUUUGUUCGAAGAACGGAUGAAAGGUCGACACUCUCAUUAAUGAUGAAGGCCACGGUAUCUAAAUCCUCCCAGAGAUGUAGAUGAAGUGUCGUCAUAAUCUACAUAUCCACAUUCCUUGCACUCACGAUGGUGAAACGUGGGAGAGGUGGAAUGGGAAGGGAAGUGGAAUGCGGGAAGUUACUUGCA